UUUUCUCCUUCCGCCCUCUGCCAGAGUCCCAAACAUGCGGCUGCCACUGCUCUUGCCUGUGGGCGCCCUGCUGCUGGCCCUGCUGCCCUGCGCACCCUGCGGGGUCCUGCUCAUCCCCAGGCCGGGCCCCGGCGCCCGCGCGCCCCCGCCACCCCCGCAGCCCCAGGAUGUCUUCCAGUCCUCGCCGCGGCCCCAGGAGCCCGGGCAGCAGCAGCCAGGGCGACCCGUCCUGAUCCGCCUGGGGGAGGAAUACUUCCUGCGCUUGGGCAACCCGCACAAGAGCUCCUUCGCCGGCGGCAGCAGCGACGAGGCCGCCGCCAACUUUUUCCGCGCGUUGCUGCAGCCGCUCGACAGCCGAGCCCAGGACGCCGCCACCGGCAGCCAGGAGGCACCUGCGAGGAAGAGGCGAUCCCAGGUGCCACCCAUCUCCUUGGAUCUCACCUUCCACCUCCUCAGAGAGGUGUUGGAAAUGGCCAGGGCCGAGAGAUUAGCACAGCAAGCGCACAGAAACAGGAAACUGUUGGAUAUGGUAGGGAAAUGAAAAGGGGCAUUUGGCCAAAAAGAUCCUACAUUUAGUGCGGGCACACAGAGCAAAAAUAAUAAUAAUACAAAAAAUUACAGUAUUCUGUAUCAUACCGUUGCUCUGAAACCACUUGUUUAUUUUUCUAUAGCUUGAAGUGUAGAGGCUGCACAGCGAGAGCCUAUACUCCUUAACUAGCAUGCACAGUGUAUUCAUGUGCAGUGAAAGAACAAAAUCUCAUCUAGUCUACUUUUAGUUUCCGUUUUUAAGUGUCUCUAACUGUACUUUCAAUUGAGUAUAAACCUGGGAAGAGACGUUUUGAAGAAACAAACACAAGUCAUUCAUUGAUUUUAUUGUGGUCUGGACCAAAGAAAAUGUCAUUCUUUGGGGUGGGUUAGACAUCUGUAAGCUCUUUGAACGAACUUUUUUUUUUUUUUUCCUGUUGUAAAUGUUUCAGUAAUAAAACAUCUUUCCAAUCCUUGGUCAAUUUGGUUGUGUAAGAGAACGUUGAUUAUAUUUUUAAUAAAAGCUGCAAAGGUAA